AUGGCUGCCGAGAGAGCCGUCAAGCGGCCAACGUUUCACAGAAAGAGGACGUCGGAUCUGAAGGACGACUUCUCAGAUUCGGGCGACUCCUCGCUCGCCAUGGAGCCAAAGGUCAAGUCACGCGCCAGGAUCAAUAUGGCCUGCGUCCACUGUCGCCACCGCAAGAUCAAGUGCGACGGUGCGCAGCCCUCGUGCGCAACGUGCAAGCGCCUCCGCAGACACUGCGACUACGAGCCCGUCACCGAGCACGAGAACCUCAUGUCUCGAGAGCGCAAGCGAAGGAACAAGGAGAAAAAGCAGGCGCGCCUCGCGGCGCUCUCGGUCUACGCCGGCAACUCGCCGCUCUCUGUGCUCCAUCCGGGCAGCUGGGCCAUGGCUAGCGGCUCUGUGCGCCACUACCUCGACCUGCCGUCGGCGCCCGUCUCGCCAAGCUACACAGAAAUUGUCCCGGCGCACAUCGGCGCAUCGCUGCACGGCUUCCGACCGAGGAGCAGCACAGUCAAUCUUGGCCCCACCGAGCAGCUGCCAUACCACCUGUCCUCCGUCUCCCAGCCACAGACGCCCGAAGUCUCGGACCGAUCUCUUGGUCACACAUCAGUGGACGGGUCCGUCUCCGAGGGCUACCCUAGCCACUACUUCUUCGGCAUACCUACCGGCAACGCUUCACGUCCCACGGACAACGCCAAGCCGCCACCGAGCCCGGCGAGCGCGUCCAACGCCGAGUUUGUCAUCUCGAGCAUCUACUCGACGGAGCUGCCCGUGGCGGUGCCGACCUCUGCCCACGUCCGGCCCAUCGACCUGCCCGCACCGCACGGCCACUUUGACUUUGCCAGCAUCCCGUUCCCGACGCAGGACAGCUUCUCGGCCGAGGCGCCGCUGCUCUCGCUCCGCCGCCGCAGCUCGGUACCGCACACGCUCGACCUCAACCAGCUGCGGCGACCCUCGGUGGCCGAGUUCGCCACCGUGGGCCUGGUCCAGCGCAUCGCCGAGAAGCGCGCGGAAAAGGUGCAGACCGACGACGUCGACCGGAUCCGUUCGGCCCAGGCCCUCGCCCUGUCCAGCAACGACAGCUACGUCUCCAACUGGCGAGAGACGACGAGCCAGCUGUGGAACGACAACUUCUCGCUGCAGAGCCCGGCGGGCGAGCUGCCGCCUUCGCUCAGCUUCGAGGCCGUCGCUGCAGCGCACUAUGCGCAAAAGACGCCCGAGGUCGGCAAGUACGAGGCGCAGAAGCCCGCCUCAUACCACAUCCCCGCCUCAACCUCGGCCACGCCGUCGCUGCACGAGUCCUGCUUUGCCAAGCCUUCCGCGGCGCUCGAGUCGUGGUCCUCGCCGGCUUCGACCGCGUCGCAGGAGGCAGCGGCGAUUCCUCAGAUGUCUUCGGCGCCAUGGACCGUGCUGCAGCAACAGGCGCCUCUGAUGUCGCCCGUCACCGACCUCCAGCAGACGUUCAACAACCUUUCGUCGGACCUCCGCACUGCCGACUACCUCCACUACUCCCCCGCCGACCUCGGCGCCUUCCAGCCCCAUCCCCACCAUGCCCCCGUCUCGUCCCACGACGGCAGGAACCGCGAUGCAUCCAGCCUCGCCGGUGCCGCCGUCUUCCCCUCCCACUUCUUCCAGAACUGA